ACCCCAGCCCUCCUUUCCCGCCACACCCUCUUCCAGCCCCCGCCGCAAUCCCUCCCCUCGUUCUCCCAUGGCGCCGCCGUCGGCGGCCACGCGCAGGAAGCUGCAGCGCAAGUUCCGCCUGCGGGGCUUCACCCUCAAGGUCGACGCCCUCGAGGAGGCGGCCGCCUUCCUCGAGCGCUUCCCCGACGCGGAGGACGACGCGCUCGACCUCCUCCUCGACGAGCUCGACAAGGAGCCGCUGCAGUCGUCGAUACUGGAUCGGGACGCGGUCCGGCGCGUGGUGGCGCUGCUCGUCGAGGCGGAGGAGGCUGUCGACGCGGCGUCGCUGGCGGUCACCAGCGCCCGCUCCGCGCUGCGGGUGGUGGACGCGUUCCUCGUGCCGCGGUUCCACUACGACUCAAUCAAGAAAGUGUUCUACGAGCACACCGGUAGAUUACCUAUCCAUGGAGAAGCUGGAGCUAAAGCUUCCCUUUAUAGGGACAGGUACCAAGUGCUACUUCAGAGGCUCUCUCGUGAUAAAUAUUUCUCUAAGCCAGCUUUUGACACGGUUGUGACUGAAGAUAGCAGCUGCGAGAUUACUUCUAUACAGUCUCUAAUCGGGUGCACUGGACGGAGAUGGAUUAUGGGGGUCAUUUCACAGUUGGAGGAGCGCCAGUUCUACUUGGAGGAUCUUACUGGAGCAGUUCCGAUUGACUUAUCAAAUGCCAAAAUCACGUCAGGUUUUUUUGUUGAAAAUACUGUAAUCGUCGCUGAAGGGGAGCUGCUUUCAAAUGGCAUUUUCCAGGUUAAUACAUGUGGUUUUCCUCCCCUGGAGGACAGGGAAGCUUCACUUUCAUUGCUCAUGGGUCUUGAUUUCUUUGGGGGAGGUGUAAUACCAACUGAAGAAACGCUAAGAUUAUCGUCACUGGAAAAGAAGGCCAUCAAUGAUAUGUUUGUCAUACUUUCGGAUGUUUGGAUUGACAAUCCUGAGACUAUGGAGAAGUUAGCUGUUGUCCUUGAUGGUUAUGAUAGCGUAGAAGUGGUGCCUUCCCUCUUCGUUUUGAUGGGCAAUUUCUGCUCUCGUCCCUGCAACCUAGCAUUCAGUUCAUUUGAAGAACUCAGAUUGCAGUUUGGAAAGCUUGGCGAGAUGAUUGCAGCUCGAUCUAGAUUAAAGGAGCAUAGUCGUUUCUUAUUCGUUCCAGGCCCUGAUGAUGCAGGCCCUUCUAAAGCACUCCCAAGGUGUGCGCUUCCAAAAUAUCUUAUUGAAGAACUUCUAAAGCACAUCCCAAAUGCAAUCUUCGUAAGCAACCCCUGCAGGGUGAAGUUUUAUACACAAGAAAUUGUGUUUUUCCGGCAAGAUCUCCUUUACAGGAUGCGGCGGUCAUGUCUCAUUCCACCAACAACCGAAGAAACAAGUGACCCUUUUGAGCAUCUGGUAGCAACUAUCACCCAUCAGAGUCAUCUUUGUCCAUUGCCCCUUACUGUUCAACCUAUCAUAUGGAAUUAUGAUCAUUGCCUUCGGCUGUAUCCAACUCCUCACGCAAUAGUAUUGGGUGACAAGAGCGAGCAGAAAGCCUUCAAAUACACUGGAAUUACUUGCUUUAAUCCAGGUUCGUUUGCGAAUGACAGCACCUUUGCAGCAUACCGACCUUGCACUAAGGAGGUUGAGCUUUCUGCACUAGAAGGCUAACAUAAGGGGAGAAUUAACUGAGGCUCUCAAAUUGGGGUGGCGUACUGAAGUGUAUCAUCCAACCCAGCAUUUCUCGAAGUCUGGUGAUAAAUGCACAUCAUCCAUCCAGAUUGUCAUUUCUGGCUCUGACAGAUGAAUUAAGGAGCAGGCCAUUUCCACGCAAGAAUCUGUGGAAAUAACAGGCCAUCCAUGAAGUUGUGGUGUUUCUCUGAAGAGAUGUGAUGCUGACAUCUGAUCAUAGGCUCAGCAGAGCAAUAGCAGCAGAUGGUAAUGGUGUUUGUGCAGCAAACAUCUCUAGACGGUUUUAACUGACUGACAUUGUAUGUUUUACCAAAAUCUUUGUACUCUACCAUUUAGAAUUCAUUGUUGUAAAUCACGGUAACAAGACUGCAUCUUUUAGUGUUUCUAAUUGUUCUAUCGUUAGUAUUUGAUCGCCCAACUGUCCAA